GUUGCAAAUCUGGGAUAUUCAACUACUGGUAGUUCAAACGCGUCCUUAUUAAAAAAAUUAGGAUAAUACAGAAAUUGGGUUAUUAAUGCUUUUCGUUAAAAUUCAUAACCUAAAAAUGAAACAAUAUAGAACGUAAUAAACAUUUGUUAUCCUUUCCUGAUUGUGAAAUGAUGUACCACUGGGCGGAGCCAUAUCCCGAAAUUCACAAAAUAUGUACACUGUUCAAUUUGACAGAAAUAUCUAAACCUAGUAGAUACAGUUAUAAACCCUUACAAAGUUACUUACAAGAAGGACCACAGUGUGGAUUGAUAGCACUUGCCAUGGUUAAGGGCAAUACUACCAGGGAAUAUGUAAAUAAUAUAUUGGAAUAUGCCAAGAAAAAAGGUUAUACUAAAAACGGAGAAAUAUUCAGCGUAGAUUAUAUGGAAAAGCUGGCAAGAGAGUUUUUAAAAGCAAAAUACAUUGACAUUUGUUGCGCUGAUCUUCAAAGCCAAAAAAUGAGGGAAAUAUUAUUGAAUGGGGCGCAACUGCUUGUACCAUAUGACACAAAUAAGGAUAACUCGCCAGGCUUUCACAGAGGGCAUAAAGCACAUUGGUGUGCAGUUUCAGGCGCUGUUGAGACUGAGAACAACUUUUUUGUAAUUGCUAGACAUGGCAAGGCAAAAAAUGUGGGAAUAUGGAGUUUAGAGGAAUUAGCAAGAAGUAAUAGUCAGCUGUAUGAGUUCUCACCAGAUAGAAAAUUUGAUAAUUUGGACUAUUGCCUUCCAACUGGUGGAAUUUGUGGCCCAUGUGGUCUCAAUGAAAGAAGUAUUGUUAUUUUUGAGGAAGAAAUGUGAAAAAUUACUCUUAGUUGUAGAAUAUCACAUAAAAAAUAAAUAAAUCAGAAAAAUUGAUUAAAUAAUAUUUUAAAUAAGAGGACCAUGGUAAUGAAUAUAACAAAGUCAAAGGGCGGGAAAUAUUUGACUGCUGACACUGGCAACUGAAGUUUCCGAUGAAAACUUUUUGAUAUCUAACCUAUUUUGCCUUACAAAAAUAGUUG